AUGUCUGAUCUGGAGAGUGCUAUGGUCACCAUCAUCCACAUCUUCCACAACUACUCUGGUCACAAGUGCAAGUUGAAGAAAGCAGAGCUCAAAGAUCUCAUCGACAACGAGAUGAGUCACUUCAUCAUGAAAAUCCAAAAGAAGGAGACCCUGGAUGAGCUUUUUGCAGACCUGGACCAGAAUGGAGACCUGGAGAUUGAUUUCAAAGAGUUCAUUGCCCUAAUUGCCAUGGUCACAUCAGCAUGCCAUGACCUCUUCAUCCCAAGUUACCAUAACUGUUAG